AACCAUUGCAGAGCACGUGUCAAUUCAGUUUCUGGUCUUUUAAUAAGUGUGUUGCAGCAUAAUGAGCUUAGACGAGCAGUACGUGAUUGGUGUGGAUGUUGGGGGCACAAACACGGACACUGCAGUUCUGCAUGGUGGUAGGGUGAUUGGUUUUGCGAAACGUCCGACUUCAUGGGACAAGACAGAAGGAGUCAUUAACUCUAUAGAAGCCGCCCUCCGUUCCCUCCCUGCGGAGACACGACAUCACCUCAUCUCCACAAGCAAUGUUCGAGUUGCCAUAGGAACUACUCACUUCACAAAUGCAGUUAUUGAAAGGGACGAAAAGAAUCUAACGUGUGUGGCCGUCAUUCGCCUCUGUGGCACCUCAACCAGAUCGUUACCUCCAUUCGUAGAUGUACCUCAAGAUCUCUCCAAGAUUAUCAAUGGCGGGUGCUAUCUAGUUGAGGGGGGAAUGGAGUAUGACACUCAAGAGAUUUCUAGCAUCAAUGAAGAUGAGAUUAGGCAAUGCGUAUCGACCAGUUUAUCUCGAGAUUCUCCUGUGAAGAAUUUUGUGAUAUGUGGAGUGUUUUCACCAUGUGCUGACCCUGAACGUAACCAAGAGACCAGGGCAGCUGCUAUUGUGAGGGACGAGUGUGAGAAGAGGGGUGUGGAGUGUAGCUGCACUCUGUCUCAUGAGUUUGGUACAUUGGGACUGCUUGAGAGAGAGAAUGCAGCCAUCCUCAAUGAAUCACUUAAAGAUAUGGCCAGCCAAACGAUCAAUGCUUUUGGCGAGGCUCUCUACCGACUGAAGCUCUGCUCUUCAAAGCAGGAUUUUUACCUCACACAGAAUGAUGGAACCCUCAUAAGUGCACAAGAAGCGAAAUGCUACCCUGUGCUGACAUUUUCCUCCGGACCCACCAACAGUAUGAGAGGAGCUGCCUUCCUUACUAAGCAUCUGAAUGCCAUUGUGGUGGACAUUGGGGGAACAACCACUGAUGUGGGGGUGCUCGUCAGUGGGUUUCCACGGCAGUCCUCAACACAGUGUGAGGUCGGUGGGGUCAAUACCAACUUCCCAAUGCCUGACGUUCAGAGUAUUGGGCUUGGCGGAGGAUCACUUGUGACGUUUGACUCCCAAUCCGGUCAUACUAUGGUUGGUCCAAAAAGUGUUGGAUAUGAGAUCACUAAGAAGGCUCUGUGUUUUGGUGGGAAGCAAUGUACAGCGACUGAUGUUGCCAUGGCAGCAGGGGUUGCCCCUAGUAAUUUUUGCACAGCACGUCAAGCAGUGGCUAGUUUGAGUACUGAUCUGGUGACCGCUGCUAUGAAUGAGAUGAAGAAUAAACUAGAGAAUGUCAUUGAUAGUAUGAAGACUGAGAAUGAAGCGUGUCCUGUGAUUCUAGUAGGAGGUGGCAGCAUCCUUGUGGACAGAAACACUCAACUAAGAGGAGUAUCCACCAUUGAAUGUCCCUCAGAGCACUUUGGUGUGGCCAAUGCCGUGGGUGCAGCACUGGGCACUGUGGGGGGAAGCAGUGACAGGAUAAUUAAUUUGGCUCCAAUCAGAGAGCAGUUAUUGACCUCUGAUCCCAGUCUUGGACAGGAGAGUGGUGACAAGAAAGCCCGGGAGAUGGCAAUGGAGAGAGGGAGGGAACAGGCCAUGGAGGAGGUCAGGAAGAAAGGGGGUAUAGCGAACACCGUGUACAUCCACUCUGAGGAGGUGACUGAUGUGACAUAUGUUACGGGCCGAGUUAGAGUGAAGGUGAAGGCCAUAGGAGCACUCACACAAGACUCGCUUAGCACAGCUGCUCAACCAUACACAGCCAGCACAUUACCACCCGCUACUGAGAUCACCAUGGGAACAGUACCCGGGAGUGAGACCUCCCAGUUCACUCCAAGCAUCCCUGGGUCGGUACAGGACAAUCCAUCAUGGCCCAGCGCUUCAGAGGAGGAGCUAGAGAACGACUUAAGAGCCGGUCUACCAACUCCACUUGUCAACAAGGAAACAGGUGUGUGGACUCUAUCGGAGCACGAUGUGGUUUGUCUAGCAACAGGAGCAGCCAUACUCGGUUGUGGGGGUGGAGGAAGUCCCUAUUUCGGCCAGUUGCGGGCUGCCCAACUCAUUAAAUCUGGAAAGACCAUCAGGAUUGUCAACCCUUUUAGACUUCAGCAGAAAGACAGAGGCCUUGUGUGUGGGGUGGGGUUCAUGGGUGCUCCGGCAAUACUCAUAGAGAAGCCACCCAACGGCAGAGAGACAUGUCUAGCUCUGGACACAUUGAGGAGAGUCCUUGCAAGUGGAGUAUGCGAGGGUGUAGAGGAUGGGAAAGUGAGCCGUGAAGGUGUGGAGGUGGUAGAGAAAACUUACUCGUGGAUUGAUGGGACCAAGUUUACUGGAUCAUUUGCCACAAGAGAAAGCUUAGCCAAUGUUAACAUGGCGAAAGUCUCAAAGGAGAGAUGUAUCACUGGCCUUAUCUGCUUGGAAGCUGGUGGAUUCAACUCCAUAGAGCCUCUGCUAGUAGGAGCUAUCGAGGACCUACCAGUGCUGGAUGUUGACGGAAUGGGACGAGCUUUUCCUGAGUUGCAAAUGUUCAUACCGUUUAUUAAUGGUUCACAACACACACCAAGCUCUCUAGCUGACAACCAAGGGGAGUGUAUAGCCUGUACUCACAUCGGAUCUUCAAAAGAUCUUGAGAACUUCUUCAGAUUGGAGACAGUCAGGAUGGGACUGUCUACCGUCAAACAAAAUAGACCAGUCAAACAACUGUUGAAAAUAUGAUGGCGAAAUUAUGCAUCCCAAUUGGGUCAUGAGACAAGCCUGGGCUUCCAGCAAAGGAGUUUGGUGAGCUGAAGAAAACUAUGUUCACUCAAUACUGGAAAAAUCCAAUCGAGUUUCGAAGCGGUAUAGCAGUAAGCGCUUGUGCUGAGGUAAAGAAAAUUAGGCUGCGCUUCUUGCGUUUAGACUACUUGAUGCUGAUGUACGUAUGCUGCUACAUGUAUUUUUAUUCAUGCUGCAUUGUAUGAUUCAAUAACUAUAAUGUGCUGUAUAAAAUUCCUAUCUUUCAUUACGUUCAUUAUCUUAUUUUUGUUGUUGUGUUGAACAGUUGACAACUUGUUAUGACUAAACAAUGGAAAAAUGAGGAGGUUGUAAUCAAAUGUUGUAUAGCUUGUAGCUCCAUUUAGUUCAAUGACACAGGUAUACUUUUCUCAGGUGUCUAAUGUACCGGGUGCAUUUUAGCAACAUCAACAGUCGCCCAAAAUGUUAUUCCUUCACCAAGUUCUUGUUUUGUGGUGGGCUUUACUUCACGUCGCAUGUAUUCUUUCAACUCAUGCCAUAAGUUUUCGAUGGGGUUGCAAUUUGGAGACUCGGGAGGAGUUGCCCACCAAUUCACACCUGUGCUCAAUCUUUGAUCCAGGACGGGUGUGUGAGCACUACAGGUACAUUGUACAUACAUAAUCCUGUUUUUGUGUAAACGAGCCUAAUCCGGAUUAGCCAACCCACUUCUGGAGUAGUCUCCUUCGCAGAACCUCCUUUUUCGAUAAAAUACAGGUGAAAUUGGUGGAACAAAGAAAGAAAGAAACUGCCUUUUGGGAAGCGGUGGAGGAGCCUCUGACGUCAGGAGUUUUCUUAGUGCACUGUCUUUCGACUGACAUGGAGGCAUAUAUACACACCUUGUCCAAAUGAGCAGUGUCGAGUGUCAAUAUUUGUAUAAGCAGUUAUCCAGUAGCAGCUGUAGUAGGGUCAUCGUCUUCCGAAAUGUCUACAACGACAGAUUUGGGAAUGACAUGUUACUUUCAUUUGCCACCACCUUCGGGGGUUUUGGAUCCACCUGAUUCAAUAUUAACCCUAGGGCGAUCUCCAGUGUUUCCUCCAGCAAAUCGAAAUAUGCUUUCUGAGUUAGAUGCUAUGGCUCGUGCUUUGCUCAUGUAGGGGCAAAGACAAUUCGAAAUGUCGCCUGGAAAAGGACACUCACAGUUUGUGCUAUGCCUUUGGAAUCCAACAGUCGUUGAACUUUAGCUAUACUUGCUUUCGAGUUUUGGGAUACCCUAUAAUAAUAUUAUUGGCACAUUGAAGCAAAAAAGCUUUCUCCUCAACAUCGUUUAAAUAUUUUGCUGGCCCACUCUGAGUGUAGAUUUAGGGACACUAUACUCCGCUGCUGCUUGAACACCUUUAUUUACAGCGCGUUUUUCAUGUGCUCUUGGGUACAAAGUUUAUAUUUUCCAUAUAUUGAUUGCUGCUUGACUUUCGGAGGCGUAAUGGAACAUGUCUGUACGUGGCAUGCGUACCACCUGAUAUAAAUGAAGGCCACUUGUAGUGCUGUGGCCACUUCGAAUCUGGUACUGUCUUGUUGGUAGUAAAGUCAAUCGGGUGCAGACCAUAUUCCGAGCAAUUGUAAGUAACGACGAUCGCCCCCCCAAUCUUAAAACUUGUUGGGAUGAGUUUUCCUUGAUCUUGCAGUUCACCACCUUAUUUAUGUUCUGUACAAAGUCAGCCUGAUUUCUCCCAGAAAAAGUUGUCUGGGUAACGCCACUUCCUUGUGUUGCACUUCUUUUGAGUAUAUUUGGCAUUUCUGGAGCUCGCAUGUAAACACGUACUGUCGUCCACUUCUUUGGCAUCGAACUUUUUUUUGAGUAUACGCCUUCUCAACAAUAGCGAGUUGGCACGUGAUCAUUGUCGUUCACUUCUUGGGCGUUGAACUUCCUUUUGAAGGUACGCCUUCUCAACAAUAGCACUUUUGCAUGGAGUUGGCAUGUAAUCACUGCUGUCGAUAUUGCCGCCGAAAGUGCUGUUUAGAUCCACAGAGCUUUCUGUGUCGCUGCCAACGUGUGUCUGGAAAACCACCUGGGAAGAAGAAGAUUGAAAGUCCUAAUGUAGUCACUCAACAGGCAAUAAGACAUAAUAAUGCAUAAUGCGUACUUAUGUGGGUAAACUUGACUUCCAGGACUCGAAAACUAGGCACAGUAUAGUCAAUUACCUCUCCUCGGUAUGUAUGAACAGAAGAGUAUAAUCAUCAACGUUUUCUCCGCAGCUCUGACAACGAUUAGGCUCUCCAACAUUAACAAUAGCUGCAGCUGCUGUGAUGCCCACUCGCGAUCGUACGCGUAGCUUGCUGUGUACAUACGCGAGCAAUCAGCAAACUCAACUUGAAGUUGUGUCACAUGAUAUUAUGACUCUGAAUGACGCGUGUCCAACCUCCUCUGACCGUAAGCCAAGUGGUGGUCGGUAGUUAUGUAAGUGAUGCUCUCCAUGUAAUUGUACCUGUUUCACUUCCGCCUUUUGGAGGGUGGCUUGGGUCUAGGAGAGAGCCGCCUACUCUGCAUGAGCGUAGUCGGAUGGUGGUCGAUGGUAUGUCAAUGAGGAUCGGCGGGCCAGAGAUCUGAACGGGUAGGUGGUUCGGACAUGGUCACGGGUAGGUGGUUCGGACAUGGUCCAGAGAGGAACAUAGGGAGCUCCUCACACAACAACAUUCUCGUAAAGCAUUGGGCGUGGAUGCUACUGUCCACCCUGUCCCACUUUGUGUUGCCUGAGUCUGCGGCCUUGUGAACAGAUCAUAAAAUGAUCCACGAGGGCCACCGGAACUUUUUACUGAGUUUCGCCACGAUUGCCAAGUAUUGGAAGAAUGAUUGGGCCCUGUCUGAGUGUCUGGGACCGCCUAGUACAAUAGACACUCUCGGCAGUGGGGGUGGCCUAGAUCCUGUCUUAAGUGAGGGUAGCGAUGCUGCUGCUGCUGCUGCUGAGAUUGGAGGUACUUUGAGGUAUGGGCACUGGGUCAUUAGUGGAGGACCAGCACUGGCCCAAAUUGUGGGAGCUUGGUUGCACCACCGGUGCUAAUUUGUUUGCUUGGUGUUGCUAUUUUUAACUGUGGCUGUAAUCAUGCUUAGGGGAUACGAUUUACUCGUGUCAUCAUGCUUAAGGGCUUGUUAAGAUAUUGCGUGCCAGGGGACCUCUUUUGGCUAGUGAUGGGGCACAGUACUCGUAGUAUAGUAUUGUACAGGAGCAGGUACAGUGUCACGCCGGCCGACAACGGAGGGAGAGAUGGCUGCUCGACGCCCGUUAGUGAGCGACGGAUUUGUCCAACAUCGCUCCGAGCUGUUAAAUCAAUUAAAUUAACAAUUAACCACACUGUUUUUUGAGUGUGGUUGUACAGCCACUUGAGAUGUGGGUGUUUUACACACAUGUAUAACAGAGUCAAACAACAACACGUUUGUAUAGUAUACAUGUAGUUGCUUACUCCCCUUCAUGUACUUCUGAUACUAUCAAGUGCUCUGUACAUGUGUGCGGUAGGGAAUAUCAUGAUUAUAGGAAUAAUUUGUACAUCAGGACGAUACAGAAUCCGAUAGUAAGGCGCUCCAUCUCCUCAUGUGCUCCUGGUACUAUUAAUACAACAUACUGCGGAGGAGAAAUAUGUCUGAAUGUAAUAUAGGUAUAAUAUUAUAUGAAGUUCCUCUUGGGCACAGUCAGGUCUAUAGAUGUAAGAUACAUAUACCCUUCUUUUUGGUGGCAGACGCACAACCUGUCCCUGUCGCACCCUUUGCAGUGCUUGUUUCUUUCUGGGCUCAGUGUCAUCACCAGGUACGUCAGAGUUGGAUCCACUGUCGAUACUGUUUUUACCGUAGUUCAUGUUCUUUGUGACGGACGCACAUGCACGCGUGGCAUCUUCACCAGCAUGGGUUGGAAACAGAACAUGUAAAUGUAAAACAGUAGUUACACUCUAAAGAACGUGCUGUGUGAAUACACCGUGCACAUAUCCAAUCAAUUUCAUUUUGUGGUAUCUUCCAGUACUUCUUGUAUACAAUCCUCGUGGUACCACAAAAGAUAGCAUACAACAAAAGAUAGCAUACAAUCAGUGAUGAAGACUGUAUUCUACAUACACAAUAGACUUUUACGCUUACUUCCCCUCAAUUUCUUUUGGCCUUUUCUGAUGCUUGGAACGUUUUUUAGGAAGUAUGAGUGAAGGUGAUCCCUCAUCUGAUGUUAUCUAUAAUGAAAGUUAGCUUAUCUAUAUAAAGUCACUGAGAAGAAAAUACUAUCUACAUGCAUCUAUUGUUGUAUUACCGUAUAGCGCGAAAUUUUCGAGGCACUUAUAUUUCGUGGAUUGGCCUCUAAAAACCAUUUCGUUGCACAAUGUUCGCGGAAUGGCUGCUUACCGGAAGCCACGCCUUUAAAUCUUUGCAUGAUAGCAGGUAAUUCUAAUUAAAGAACACUUUUUGUGGACUUAAUUUUCGUGUAGAAUUCUAACCCACGAAAUCCGCGAAAAUUAAGCCCCUCGAAAAUUUCGCGCUAUACGGUAUGUGGCUUACCAGGACCUCAAGAAAGAAGAAAAUUGAUUCUUCCAGGAUCUGUAGAGUGUAGUUCAGUGUAUAUAAUAUCUAAGAAGAAAAGACCUGUGUACAUGCAUAUUGUUAUCUAUAUUGUUAUGUGGUAGUGUUUUGUGGCUUACCAGGCCCUCAAGACAAAGAUGAUUCUGCCAAGGAUCUGGAUCUGGAUCUUGGAUAUUUACCACAUUAAUGUUGGCUACGCUCCGAAGCGUCAAUCAGCGGUAAUACCCUCAACUACCCAUCAGCCUUAUGGGGAGUUGGAGGGGUGGAGUAGCGUAGGAGGAGGCCGUCUAUGAAUAUGAUUAGCUGCAAAUACCCUGCGGUUAAUUUUGGGUCAAUGAAUAUCAUUAAUCCCAGGACGAGGGAAUAAAUUAGGUGAGUAGCUAGGUUACGAGCCCCCUCCAAAGAGAAUCAAUUUAUCUGAGUCCACAGAGUAUUUACAAAUACAUAAGUAGUAAUUAUAAUUAUACAGGUACGUCACAUAAACAUAGUUACAUCCAUUAAGGUGCGGGUUCUGUACUAAUAACUGCUGAAUAGCUAGCGAGUUUGUCCCUUGGGGUGCGAAUAUAGAGUUGGUAUGCCGAGCUCUUCCAUCUGCCCAGCAUUUGGAUGACAGGUUCGCUGAGACCGUGGGCCCCGGCAGCAGUGGCGGCCCCAAUCCGAAAUGAGUGGCCAGCGUACCUAGAGGAGUCCACGCCCAGGCGCGAAAGAGCGUCUCGGACUUGGGACACAAAUCUAGACUUGGUGAGAGGGCGUUCGUCCGCAAAUAAAAAUAGAAAACCCUGACGGUUACCUCGGAGCGCGAGGUAUGACAGCAACGCUGUCACUGGGCAUAGAGGAUUAUUGGUUCGGCCAAGGACUAUUUCGACCCCUUGGCGAAACGGAUCUGUUUUAGACGCUUUCAGGCGAACCUUGACCACUUGGGGAUCAGCAAUAUUGUCCACUGACACGUCGAAUGCAGACUCCGAUGGGAUGGUCAUUUCACCCGAUCGCAUGAAGCCAAAGAAGCAAGUGCAUAUGGCUGCCCACAGCAUGAACGAGUCUACCUCGUUCCCUUUUGAUGCGAAGAAGGAACGUAGUUUGUGAAGAUGGGCUAGGGUAAUUGGGAGACGUUUUGGGGAGGAUGUCUUAUGGCGUGCCUGCUGCAUUUUAAUGCCCCGGAUGACACCUUCCAACUUGGGAAAAGUGGAGAUCAUGGGGUCUGGGUGAUUGCGAGCUAUUUGCAAGUGCCUUAGUGCCGAGAGAUAAGAUUUAACUGUGGUAUGUGCAAUGUUGUCUUUGGCCAGCCACGAUACGUAUCGGCAGAGAUGUGUUUCUUGGAGUGGUAAGGGGGUGAUGUCGAAUUGUGCGCAAAAAGAGAGGUACCGUGCUUGUGCUGAGGUGUAGGUGCGUUGUGUAGAGGGGGCUAGGGCGUGGUGAAAAUAGAAUUCCACAACCUUAUCCAGGCUUGUGAUGUCCAGUCCGGUUUCUCCCCGAGAAGAAGCUCCAGGACUGCUUUGGGUAUUGAUGAGGGUAGUCUCCGUGCCUGAGGGGAGAGAGAGAGAAAUAAUUGAGCCUUGUUCCGAGAGAGAGCGUCUGUCAGAACGUUCUCUGCCCCCGGAAUAUGUGCAGACGAGAAAAUGAAGUUGAAAAAUGCAGCCACAAAUGUUAAGCACCGCAUGAGAUGCAUCAUUGAAUCGUCGCGAACAGAACCCGAAUUGAGUAGCGCUACGACUGCUGAAUUGUCGGAGUGAAACCGCACCGAUAGGCCCUGCCAAUUUUUUCCCCAUAGUAUUGCAGCAAUGACAAUAGGGAUCAUUUCUUUGGCUGAAAUGUGGCAUUCCCCUGUGGCUGGGGGCCAUUGGAGCUGGAACCAUGCUGGGCCUGUCAAAGCUGCGCAUCCCCAUGAACCCGAAGCGUCCGAGUAUACAUGUAGCUGUGGGCGCUGGAGGCUAUAGGCGUAUAGCAUUGAAGUGCCAUUCCAUUGGUGUGCAAAGGUCCUCCACCAGGUAAUGUCAGAACGAGCGCCAAUGUUCAGGCGGACGAACUGCUCUAAGUGGUUGACUACCGUGGCCAGGUCUAUGAGUCGGCGAAGGAAGGAUCUCCCUUGGCGUACCACCUUUGCAGCGUGCUGGAGGUGGCCGAUUAGGGAUA